AAGGGGCGGUAGCAGCAUCACGGGUGCAACAGCGCCAUUUCACUUUCAUUCAUUGGUGUCGAGGCCUACAUCGUUUCAUAGGAUACAACUUCAUCAUGGUGAAAGUUUUUAUUGGAAACCUUGCCUGCAACACCACGGCUGAGGAGCUGCGUGAACUCUUCGAGAAGUAUGGCAAAGUCUCGGAAUGUGACAUUGUCAAAAACUAUGGUUUCGUACACAUGGACAACAUGUCUGAAGCCGAGGAGGCCAUUCAGAACCUCCACCAGCACCAGCUACACGGCUGGCGCAUGAACGUGGAGAUAAGCAAAGGGAGGCCCAAGUCCACCACUAAGCUGCACGUGAGCAACCUCGGUGAGGGUGUCACCAGUGAAGUUCUGCGGGCCAAGUUUCAAGACUUUGGCCCGGUGGUGGAGUGUGACAUAGUGAAGGACUACGCCUUUGUUCACAUGGAGCGAAUGGAGGAUGCCAUGGACGCCAUCGAUAAGCUGGACAACACAGCCUUCAAAGGCAAGCUGAUGAGCGUACAGCUGUCCACCAGUCGGCUUCGCACAGCCCCAGGAAUGGGAGACCAUACCGGCUGCUAUGUCUGCGGGAAACAUGGUCACUGGUCGAAAGACUGUCCAGUCAGUCGGAACGGUAGCCACGGCGAAGGCACAAGAGGUCGCAGCGGCCGGGGCCCCCCACGCGCUCCGCCAAGUUAUGGCAGGGGCAGCUACGGGAUGGCCUCACCUCCAGCAGAUUACAUGGAUGGCUCUGCGUAUAGUCGGGCUAGUUACGUAGGCGGAAUACCGCCUCCCCCUCGUAGGCUCAGUGGCUACAGCUCUGAGCUGGGGGAUAGGUACGGCAGCAGAGCAUCAGCUUAUGAUCGUGACCUCCUCUAUAGCAGUGUUGACUAUUAUGAGAAGUACAGAGCUCGGCCUUAUGGCUCAAGCUAUUUUGAGGAUCGUCGCAUGUCCUAUCUCCCCCCUCCCCCACCUCCCCCAUCCUCCCUCUCAAAGCUCUCCUCCAGUGUAGAUCCAUAUGACCGCCGGCCACCACCUCCACCUUCAUCAGCUGCCACAUACUAUGCACGAGACCGCAGCCCGAUCAGACGAGUACCAGUCUCCUCGGCGAGCUACGCCUACGAACGAACCCGGCUGUCACCGGUGUCGGGCUCCAGGAGCUCCUAUGCUGCUCCACGACCCAAGGAUCAUUAUGUGUCACGCUAUGCGCCUUACUAAAGCCUGGGUGCCAAGGUCUGUUUGUGAACUGCAGGACUUUCCCUUUGCUGUCAUUUCUCCAAGCUACAUGAUUCCAUCGGUCUGCGUGAUGCAAAGCAUACGAGAUGUCGAAAAUUAAGAUCGGAAAUCGUGCUGGCAUCUUCCAGGCACCUGAGAUGCCUGCUGAUGAAUGGUCCUUUCAGUCACAUUACCGUAACCUGUUUUCAAUAAGGAUGAUUAGCAAACUGCACUGCUUGACCCUUAUAAAACAGUAAUUUGCUCUGCAGGUUUUCAGUUCAGUUUUCAGCCAUGUCUCUUUUUUUUAUCUUUGUUUCUUCCUCACAUGAAACAAAUUGUUAAAUUCACCAAAUGUUAAUUGUUUGGCUUCUGUUUAUGUAAUUUAGAAGUGUUUUUGUUUCAUCAAUAUAAGAACAUUUACCUUCCUGAUUUGAAUGGGAUAAGGCUUUAUCAGUACCUUGCAGUGCAGAAGACUUAGCUCCUAGACACACAUCUGACAUGAUCUGAGUCAGUUAUAUGGAUGUGGAUAAAGCAAAUGAUCAUCAUUGGUGUCCAGCAAUGUGCUGUGGAGGUCCCUGACUCUUCAGGCAUGUUUUAUUACAGCUACAAACAGUAGUUUCACUGAGAAGUUGCUUCCUUUGGAUGCAUUGUGAACUUCUGAGCCACAAUUUGGCCAAUAACCAAUGCUUUUUUGUUUUUUUUUGUUAUUGCCCUUUUGUGUCAGGGAAACAAAGAUAAGCACCUCUACCUUGUUUCAGCUCAGUCUUUUUGUCUUCUCAUCCAAGAUGUGAGACGCAGAGCUGUACAGCCGCUCACUGUCGGUGCUGGAAAUCGGCAGGGGCGUAAAUCAACCAGAUUCAUCAUAUAAUAUGAUAUUUGCAGAAAUCCCAAAGCCUGCCACAAAACAAUUUCACUUCAAUUCAGUGGCCUGUGAUCGAUAUGAGACCAUAUCAUAUAUGUCCAUAAAACAAUCACUUACAUGUAUAUCAACACACAAAAAGUAACUAAAAUGAAGUUUGGAAAUGUUAUUGCUGAAUUCUUCCAGACACUUCUAGACAUUUAUUUUAUCUCCUAACGGCAUAUGGCGUGGGCCUUGUCUACAUUUCUAAAGCAGUGAUUAUUUCUCUAAUAUCCAAGUUGGAAAUAACCAACACCACAUUUAGCUCAAAAUUGAUGCAACACCACAGAUAAACAUCGGCUACUUAUCGGUGAUUGCGAUCUUUAAAGAUAGGCUGAUGCCAGUCAACAAGGCAACUAUCAGCCAAUGGAUCAGUCCUUCCUUCAUGCUUGAAACACACAGUAAGCUGUGUUGUUGUGUUUGGCGGGAGAGAAAACCUGCAGCCUCUUUACCCUCUGUAGCACGUGAACGUAAGAAGAUAGAGAAUCCAUAUCCAUGCAACUGACCUGUGCAGUCAGGAUACAGAAUCACACUUUGAGUUAGUAUCUAAGAUAACACAAAUAAUCAAACAUUCCAGCAUUCCAUUUUUUCCAAUUAGAAUAUGUGUCUACAAAAUAUAAAAUUAAUCAAUUUAAUAUGCUGAUCUGAAGUCAGAAGUCUUGAAUGAGAAGUGUUACUGAGCGACACCCAAAUAAGAAUAUUGGCUGACAUGCACUGUGCAACUAACAUCUUGACUUCUGUUUUCUUCCCACUGGCAAUGCUGCACACUUUGCCCACAGCUGACAACAGAAAAUAACCCGCCGUGUCUUUUAGAAUGUGAGUGUGUGGUGGAUGUUCACUGUCUCCUCAUAGCAGUGUGAGCAGAUGCAGAAAUGUGAGGCAGGACUCAGGGCUUGGGGCUGUUUAAGUCACGAGGCACUUGUGUUUUGUUGAUGGUGCCUUGGUUUGUUUUGCAUAUAGGUGGAUUUGAAGUUUGUAUUUUUCAUACUAGCUGUAAAAGUACCAGCAUACAUUAAAAAUCUAAAAUGAAUAUGAUUUUUAAUAAAGCCAAAAUAAUUUUGGUGACAUGACAUUUUUCAAUUGUUUGCUUGAAACCCAAUACAAUGGUGUCUAACUGUGGUUUUCAGUGCAAUGGAACUAUUCCAUUAUAUGAAACUCUUAUUUUGCUUGUGAGGAUUGUGGUUUUAUAAGCUCAGAAUUUUUAUUUCUGUCUCAUUUAUGCGAUCAGAGCAUAUAUCCUCAUACUUGCUGACACUGAUGCAAAAUACUGACAUUAAACAUUAGUGCCUGGUUUCAAGCAACAACCAUAUGUCAUAUUACGGUCUGACCCUGGUAUAAACUGGCAAAAUGUAAAAUAAGACUUUCUAUUGUUUUAUAAAAUAGAUUUUACGUCCUA